UAUCGAUGUAUCGAUGUUUCAAUUUGAAAAUGAAACAUCGAUGUUCGUAAACCGAUGUUCGAUGUUUUCGCAAAUUUUGUACCAUCACUUAGUAAUUGCACGUGGAACGAAAGUGGCUUUUGGUGUUGGCAGGCAGUGAUUGAAAUGGAGCGGUUUGUAGAAAGUUCUAGUGGCAAAGUUUCAAAGACGAGCUCAAAGGAGGUGGAAGAAGAAAACCCAGCAAAAAGAACAAGGUACGGUCAGUCAGCUGUAUGGCAAUUUUUUAACAAAUCAAAGGAUGGCAGUUCAGCUAAAUGCAUUCAGUGUGGAAAAACAUAUAUAACAUGUGGCAAUACCACUAAUUUGGCUGGACACCUGAAACGGAUGCAUGCAGGAUUAACUGUUAGCGAGCUUCCGAAAUCUUCAGGGUCUAUUUUGUCCUUCAUUGAAAAAAAAUACGAAGCAUCUUCCGCUAGGAAAAAGAGUCUUGAUAGCUCACUAAUGCACUAUAUAUGCUCCGACAUGCGACCGUUCUCAGUUGUUGAAAACAAAGGAUUUCGUAAUUUUGUCAGUACAUUGGAUCCUCGCUACGAGCUGCCUUCUCGUAACAAAUUGAGAAACACAUGCAUGCAAGACUUUUACACAAAUAUGAAAGACAAAUUACACUGUAUUCUGGACCGAGUGGACUAUUGCGCUAUAACAACAGAUUGCUGGACGUCACGGGCUAACGAAAGUUAUAUGACAGUCACUUGCCAUUUCAUCAAUGACAACUUUGAGCUAAAAGCAGCUGUUUUGUCAACCAAAAAUCUCAUUGACGAAACCAACCACACGUCGCAAAAUAUUGCAAAUUCUUUGCGCGAAGUCCUUGUGGAAUGGCAAGUUAUUGACAAAGUCAGCGCAAUUGUUACAGACAACGCGAGGAACGUUGUAAAAGCAUGUGAGAUUCUACAAAAGCGAAACGUGCCUUGCUUUGCUCAUUGCAUUAAUUUAAUUGUCCAAAGCUGUUUUUCCCUUGAAAAUAUUAAGACAAUUAUGGGAAAGUGCAAAAGCAUAGUUUCGUUUUUCAAGAGCAGCUCAAUAGCGUAUGCAAAAUUUAAGCAAGCCCAGGAACCAAUGAAGCCAUAUAGUCUAAAACAGGAGUGCCCUACAAGGUGGAAUAGUGCUUUCUACAUGAUUGAGCGCAUUUUGGUCACAAAGUCAGCUAUUGCUAAAGUCCUGUUAGAUACUCCGAAAGCAAUACUACCUCUAUCAGUUGAUGAGCUAUCUGUUCUGGAAGAUUUAAAGCAGGUUCUUUCACUAUUCGAGGAUGCGACGGUACAAACAUCAUCCAGCUCUAAUGUAACAGUUUCGCUAAUUAUACCAUUGGUUAGCGGACUUUUGCAUAAUUUGAGUGGAAGGCAUACGGCAAAGACUACUGCCAUAUGA